UGUGGGAAAAAGGGGGCGCAGACAUAGGUAUAGGUGGCAACGAGAACAGAUGUUGAAUUCCUCGGCAGCAUUAUUCCGCAGGAUAUCUGUGUCGUGGCUGAUGGCUCCCAAGUUCAAACCCCGCCGCCUCCCUCCUGCUGCUGAUCCCGCUUUGCCGUUGCAGAGGUCAACGAAACUAGCAAGGACAAUGAGCACCCAUUCCUCCAUCAAGGACGCCUUUUCUACCUACGCGGAUUACCUCAAUGCCCUUAAUGAAAAACGGGAAAGGGUGGUAAAAGCCAGUCGUGAUGUGACUAUGAAUAGUAAAAAAGUCAUAUUUCAGGUGCACAGAAUUAGUAAAAACAACAGAGAGGAAGUUUUGGAAAAGGCAGAUAAGGAUCUGGCAGCUGUGAGAGAUCUGCAUAUAUUCCGACUGGUGAAAGAGUUGCAAGGGACUGAUUUUUGGAAGCUACGGCGAGCAUACUCUCCCGGGGUACAAGAGUAUGUUGAAGCUGCAACAUUCUUCAAAUUCUGCCAAACCGGAAAUCUUUUGAAUCUUGAUGAGAUAAAUGCUAGUUUAUUACCACUUAGUGAUCCAUCUCUUGAGCCUUUGCAAAUUAAUCUCCUUGACUAUCUCUUAGGGCUUGCAGAUUUGACAGGAGAGCUGAUGCGGUUAGCAAUUGGUCGAAUAUCUGAUGGUGAAGUUGAAUUUGCUGAGAGGAUAUGCCGGUUUGUUCGUGAUAUUUACAGGGAAUUGACUCUUGUCGUCCCACUUAUGGAUGAUAGUUCUGAUAUGGAGACAAAGAUGGUUACAAUGCUCCAAAGUGUAGUGAAAAUAGAGAAUGCGUGCUUUAGUGUCCGUGUGAGAGGAUCAGAGUACAUUCCGCUUCUAGGAACCGGCGAUCCAAGUUCCUUCUUAUUGGGGGUGUCUGAAGUGGAAUUAUGAAAUUCUUGGCUGGAGGAUAAGUUUCUUGCUCUAGAUGCAAAGACUAUGGAGCACUUCAGGAACUGUUUCUAUCAGGCCAAAGAUCUUUAAGGCUGAUGCUUUGCCGUACACUGCACUCUGUUAAAUCUGCAUAUAAUUACCUUGCAGCCUAGGCUCUGCUAAUGCUUCCUGGGGAAAGAAUUCAUAAACGGUCUGUUCGGCAGCAUCGAUAUGACAUCACCAUCUUCAAUCUGCUAAUUUUAGUUGGUGGGAAGUCCAUAAUGUAGCUUAGUCUUGACACAAGGACCAAUUAGGAUUUUGAUACAUUUGAUAUUAAAUCAAGACUUUUCAAUGUAUGGAUUACAUUUCAUCUUCCUCUAAUCAAUAUUUUUCUAUCUUUGCUUUGAUUAAUUAA